AUGCUCGGCGACGGGCCCUCGAGCCCAAACUACGGCCUUGGGUUCGUCCUGACGUGCGUUGCUGGGUUCGCCACUGUGCUGGGAGUCGGGUUCGUACCCCUCUUGAGCUACGGGGCGCCGAGGACCGUGACCUCUGCCGCGCUGGGCUUCGCUGCCGGCGUCAUGCUGUACGUGUCCUUCGUGGACGUCCUCGGGGAGGAGGCGAAGGAGUUUUUUGAGGACCACUUCAAGGGUGGUGGUGGGUCAGAUGAAACUGAAGAUGGUGAAAACGUAAUGGUGAGAAUCUCAGUGGCAGUCUUUUUCUUUCUCGGUAUUGGAUUGGCGAUGGUGUUGUUGCGGAUAAUGGACGCUUUCCACAGCCACGGCCAUGGCCCAGAGAGUUCGCCUUCUCGGGAUGUCGAGCUUUCAGGUGAGAGAGGCGAGAGGCCAAGUCCAAGUCCAUUGACAGGAGGUUCCGAGGGGACGGGGCACGAUCACCAAGUGCUUACCAGAGGACGCUCAAGGAGCCUGACAUCGGAUCAGAGCUCCUUGGAGCGAGUCUCCUUGGUGGCGUUCGUGGCGUUGACCUUGCAUAACUUUCCGGAGGGGCUGGCGACGUUCUUUGGUGGUGGGAACAAGUCUUUCGCAGUGCCUUUCGCAAUUGCCAUGCACAACAUCCCUGAGGGGGCCGCCAUCGCGAUCCCCAUCUACCAGUCCUCUGGCAGCGUGAUGAAAGCGGUGCGGAAUACGUGUAUUGCUGGUCUGGCGCAGCCCGCCGGUGCCUUGAUGGGUUGGAUCCUCAUCCUUGGACUCGGAGUCGAAAACGUGUCGAACUUCGUAUAUGGCGCCUUGUAUUCUGCCACCGCGGGAAUCAUGGUUUGCGUGUCGAUCAUGGAACUGAUUCCCGAGGCGUUGCAGGGUGGGUCGCCAUUCUUUGUUGGAUGUUGCAUAUUCGGGGGCUUCCUGAUCAUGGAGGUGUCGAUCAUACUGCUAGGAUUGUCAGGGUUAUGA